CAGGCGAGCUGCUAAGGAACAAAUUCCGUUAAUAGAGGUUUUUGUUGUUGCUGGAGGAUCUUAAACCAUGUCCGGGAAAGAUGGUGACAAAGGGAGAAGAGGUCUGCGGGUUCUACUUGCGGAGUACAUGGCCAACACCAGCGCCCAUGGCCUCCCCAAUAUCGACCGGGGAAGAAACAGCUGCAGGAAAGCAGUUUGGUCGCUGUUGUUCAUGUGGGCCUUGGGUAUGUUCAUUUGGCAGUGCUACGAGCUGGUACAUGCAUAUUUCCAAUGGGGAGUUGAUGUCAACAUUGACAUUCAAUAUGAAACUCAGCUUAACUUUCCCGCUGUUACGAUAUGCAACCUUAAUCCAAUCAAGUCUUCAACCAUUAGAUACAGCGAUAAGCUGAACAGUCUGUUCAACCCGGACGACGUCAGCACCGCCACUAUGGAGACCACCACAGGAACAAAUUUCGCCCAGACCAUCAACUACAUCCCAGAUACGUCCGGAGUGCAAGUUGCGGCUGCGAGUGGUUCGUCUGACCCUACCACACCAAGCAUGGACGCGGCCAGUACGAAAGCUUCACGGUAUCAGGAUUGGUCGAACGUUGACUUCAUGGCCAAGGACGAAGAACUCGAUCUAUUCGAUCGGUUCACAGAUGUUGUAUCCCAGGCUAACUACGAGGACAGGGUCAACUUUGGUCAUCAGAUUGACGAUAUGGUACUGUCAUGUACAUUCAAAGGCUAUCCCUGUACACCAUCGAACUUCACGUAUUUCCACAACUACCUGUACGGAAACUGCUACACCUUCAACUCUGGGAUCGAAAAUAACAUUUCCAAAUCGAGCAAAUCCGGUCCGCUAUACGGUUUAACGUUAGAGCUGAACAUUGAGGAAACAGAGUACCAACCAUCCGUGCAGGAAGCAUCGGGAAUACGUGUGUUAAUCAGCGAACAAUACAAGAUGCCGUUCCCAGAGGAUGCUGGGAUUAAUGUAGCUCCUGGAUUACUCACCUCGGUCGGCCUUAGGAAGCUAGAACAAGUGCGUAAAGAGGAUCCUUACAGCACAUGUCAGCAAUCACCAAGGGCUAAUGAUACCAUCUUCUCUUCUUUCUUCAAUGUCGGCUACAGUCUCGAGGCGUGUCAGAAGGACUGUCUGUACCGAAUGAUCCAGGACCGUUGCGACUGUGACGACACACGUUUUAGAUUCUUCCCAGAUCUUGACCCCUGCUUGUCUACAAACGCCUCCCAAGUAUCGUGCAAAGAGACUGUUGAGCUAGAGUAUGCAAAUGAGGAUUUCGAUUGUUCCUGCACGUCUCCAUGUCAGGAAGCGUCAUUUGAGAUGACAGUGUCCUCAGCUGCUUGGCCAAACAGUCUGUUUGUUGACCAGGUAAGACAAGAACUUAUGGACAUUUCAGACGUUUUCAAAACCAAAGUGAGGAAUGAUCAAAAUUUCGUUCAGAAUAACGUUUUGAAAUUGCAAGUUUAUUAUGAACAAUUGAACUACGAAAUGAUUGUACACACUCCAAAAUAUAACUUUUUCGGUCUCAUCAGUAACCUCGGCGGCCAGGUUGGUCUGUGGAUCGGCAUCUCAAUGUGCACAGUGUUUGAAGUAGUCGAGCUCCUGUUCGACAUCGUGAAACUGCUCCUCUUGAAAUUGAUGUGUCACGCUAAGAGUGCAACAUCGCCCUCUCUCGUUGAUAUCAAGUUAGAGAAGAAGAGAAAACGGCAAUUACAUGAGCAGGAUUAUGUUGACGCGGUGUAUGGUGGGAAUGAGGAGGCCAGAUCCAAUUCAACGGCAUGGAUCAACAAUUAAUUUACUGAUUUUAAAAUUUAUUAAAACAAAGAUAUUAUACGAAAAAGU